AUGGCCUUACAGUUCACAAUAACAGGAGUGUUGUUAGCAGCAGUUACAGCAGCAACAGAGCUUCCUAUAGCGAAGCCUGGAUGCCAAGAAGAUAGAUGUGGGAAUGUUAGUAUCCCAUAUCCAUUUGGCACGGGAGAAGAUUGCUACUACGACUCUAAGUUCCUCAUAACUUGCAACCAUACUUUCAACCCUCCAAAAGCGUUUUUAGGAAAUGGUACAAUAGAAGUCACAGAAAUAAUCCUUGAUGGGAAGCUACGCCUCAAGCAUUAUAUAGCUAAGGACUGCUAUAAUCGGACAGGUGCACGAACAACGAGAAACAUACCCUGGAUAAACCUACCCGUCCAAGGUCCGUACGUUUUUUCUGACACUGACAAUAUGUUCGUCGCUAUCGGCUGUGAUACUUACGCUGGACUGCUAGGUAGGCGAGAAGACACGAAUGAUACAUACAUGGUAGGAUGCAUUUCCGAAUGUAGCAACAAAACAGUUGUACCAAACACAUGCUCCGGAGUUGGUUGCUGCCAAACCUCCAUUGCCAAAGGAAUGAAGUACUUCGAAGUGCGCUUGUCUAGUGAGACUAAUCAUACGGGAAUCUGGGAAUUUAAUCCUUGCAGCUUUGCCUUCAUGAUUGAAGAAAAGCAGUUCAGCUUUUUUCCAAGUAACCUGUCGGAUUUGGAGAAAGUAAGUAAGGUUCCUAUUAUAGUGGAUUGGAGUAUGGGGCGCAAUAACUGCGAAACCUUGGAAAAGAACAAGAUGUCUAAUGCAUGUCAAGGACAGAGCAAAUGUUAUGGCCCUGAAAAUGGGUCUGGGUACAUUUGCAAAUGCUUAGAUGGCUAUCAAGGAAAUCCAUACCUCCCAAAUGGUUGCCGAAACAUUAAUGAAUGUUCAGAUCCAAAAGUAGCCCACAAUUGCAGCCACAAAUGCAUCGACACCGAAGGGAAUUAUACAUGUUCUUGCCCCAAGGGGUACCAUGGAGAUGGGAGAAUAGAUGGAGAACGCUGCAUCCGCAAUCGAUCAUCAGUGAUUCAGGUCGCUGUCGGAUAUAUACAUGUGCCAAUUUUUAGUUCUUGUUAUUUAGAUGAGGCUGUGAUAGGCAGUAUUAUUAAAACUAUAUCACAGUCCCUACUUCUAGUUCAUCCUAAUACUUGGUUCCCUCCAUCAGAGACCUAA